AUGUCCGCUGCGUACGACGCGUCCCUUUCUCUAAUAGAGAGAAAAAAGCUACAAUGGGCAAGGGAAAAGGAAGAACUCGCCGCUUUAGAUAAACAUUGGAAUUUAUCCGAAGAUACGCACGGACCAUUAGACAGGAUAUCGAGAGGAAUAACACGAAGAAGAAGCAGUCUACCACCUCUUUAUAAAAACCAAUACAAUUCUAACGAAAAACAAGAUAGAGAGAAAGAAAUCGGCGGGGAAACAUCCGGAUACGGAAGUGACAAUCCGAAUCAUUCGCCCGAUUACGCCAACGCGCAAUCCGGGUACGAAUCUUCGUCAAGUAGAGACGAUAGAAUGAAAUGGAUAGACAAAAGUAAAUACUGGCAAUCCAAAGAAGAAUCUUUCCGCGAACACGGUAUACACGAGCCGCCGAAUUGGGUAAAAAGAGGAUUGAAAGGAGAAGAGAUCGUUUUCAAUAAUACCUCACCGGCCGAAUCGCCCGAACAACGAUGCGAAGAAGAAAGAUCUCAAAUCGGCUCUAGUUGUUCGCGAAAUCGAAACACCUUCUUGCGAGGGCAGAACAUUCCCGUAGAUUCCGUCGAAAUGGCGGAACGCGAACGUCGUAGACAAAUAGCUCUGGCCCACCAGGACGCCAUACGUAAACAAUUAGAAGAAAGGGAAAGGAAACGACGAGAAGAAAACGAACGAAGGAUACGAGAAGAGCACGAAGAAGAACUAAGAAUAGAACGAGAACAAGAAAUAGAAAGGAGAAGGAGAGAGGAGGAAUAUAAAUUGUUACAAGAUAAAUUGGACAGGGAGAGGAAACGGAAGGAAGCCAUAGAGGAAGCUAUUGAAUUAGCAAAGAAGGAAGCGCUAUUAGCGAAAACGAAGAAGAAUAUUAAAAACGACGUGAAUAAAAUUAAAAAUAUGGAAAUUAGUAAAAAUGCGGAUCGUUUCGAGGAGAAAUUGAAUAACAAAAAAUUGGAGAACAUCGAUAACGACGUUAAUAAUAAUUUGGAGGUUAGAGGCAAAAGUUUAUCACCUAGAGAUAAUGACGAAACGAAAAUUUCGUCUCCUAGAGACAAAGAAAUUCCACAAACGACUCCCAGAACGGACAAUAACGUCACUCUUAUAAUACCGGGUGGCGUCGAAAAAUUCCAGUAUGCUUUAUUAAUACCGAACACGCCUCGUAUAGAAGCUCGAGUUUUAACUCCGACGCAAUACAGAGAAAAUAAAAAAUUCUGCGACUGCAGCACGCAAACUGAAGAAUCGGUUUUCCUUAGAACGGACCUGAUUCGAAAAGAAAGGAGAAGCAGGAGCGAAAAUUUGGAGGAGAGGCCAAAAUGGGGGGUAAAUAGACCACCGACAAGAUACGUGAAACAGAGCGAGAAAGAUCUACUGUAUCAAAAGAGGAAACUGAGACAGAAAUCGAGGGAGGAGAAGAAUUCGAGCGAUGAAAGCCAAUUGGGAUCGCCCACGAUGACUUAUAGGAAGAAGGGACAUUCCAGGAGGAGUAUAAGGAUGAUUCAAACGGAAAAUAUUCCUUUGGAAACCGAUAGGGAUCACAUUUAUUAUAAAAGACAUUUUUGUUGUUGUAUGUGCAGGUGUAGUAGACACUCGUGUUCGGAAAACGGCGUCAAAGUCGAUAUUUUGAGAAUCGAUGAUCAUUCGCCUCGAGAAAAAUCGAUUUUACGUCACGAAGAAAUCGAUAAACUACCGGAAUUGGAUAUUAACUUGAACAAUAUGGAGAAACUGGAUAAAUUACGUAACGGAUUGUUGUUGAAACGCGAACAAUGGGAGGAAGAUGUCAAUUUACAUUCCUCGCAAGUUUCGACUAGAAAUAUGGCGAAACUCGACGAUUUUCUAACAAAAAAAAAAGAAACCGUCCCAAUUCUCGAUAUGUCGAAAACAGUCAUAAAUUCCAAAGAAGAAUUCAGGAGGUUAUUGGAACGAGUUCCAGAUUUUAGAAUCAAACCGGAAAAAGUCCUACCGGAAACGAUAAAAAUAAGAGAGAAAAAUUUCAAAUUCAAGAUAAACAAGAAUGAAGUUAAACGUAAUAAAGAAAAAUAUAAUUUUAUGAAUCCUCUACCAGUCGAAAUGAUCGAUCUGAAAUUGGAAGAUCUGUGCGCUGUUUCCAUUGACUGGAAAAUGUUGACGGACCUUAGACCCAAGAGCAAGAUCGAAGAAAAUUAUUUCUCGAGGUUAAUAGAGAUUGGAAAAUUGCAAAACAAAAGCCGGGCACAGGAACGGCGUCAGUUCCAAAUGGAUUCGCAAAUCAGAAAGAGCAAAAAUAAAUGCGGGGUCGUCGAAACUAGGGUGGUAUCCUGUACGGAAUGCGGGGAAGAUUUCUGCAACGGUAAAAGCUGCUGCAAAUAUGGUUAUGACACCUUCGCCAGGUUGCAAGAAUUACCAACGGAAACGGAAAAGAAAAUGCCUCCCAAUUCGGGGGCUAUACCGAAAAUAAAAAUAAAACAAAGAUCCAGAUCGAAAACAUCGAGGAAACGAAAACCUUUAAAACCGAUUACGGAAGAGGAAAAUGUUGCAGCGAAAAAAGCUAAAACAGUGGAAAGUUUUGAAGAUAGACGCGCUGGUACAGUGAAGAGUAUUAUUUUGAAAAACUUUAUGUGCCAUUCGUAUUUAGAAGUGAAUUUCGUGAAAAAUAUCAGUUUCGUCAUAGGUAAAAACGGUAGUGGUAAAAGUGCUAUUUUAACGGCACUAAUAAUCGGUUUAGGUGGUAGGGCUACUCUAACGAAUCGAGGUUCAAAUGUUAAAGGGUUCGUAAAAGCAGGUAAACCUUCCGCUAUUAUUGAAAUCGAAUUAUCGAACGAAGGUCCUAUGGCUUACAAACCGAAUAUAUACGGCGAUAGUAUUAACAUAAUCCGCAGUUUAAGUACAAACGGGGGUGGUUCUUAUAAAAUAAAAUCGUCUAAGGGUGAAAUUAUAUCGACGCAGUUAAAAGAAAUACGAAAUAUUACGACAAAUUUGAAUAUACAAGUCGAUAAUCCUAUUUGUAUCCUUAAUCAGGAUACUUCGAGGAAUUUUUUAACUAGCAGUGAUCCUAAGAAAAAAUUCGUUUUGUUUAUGAAAGCGACGAAAUUAGAAAGUUUAGAAAUCGAGUAUAAGAAGAUACAGGGUAAUAAGGAGGAUUCCGUUAAAAUUAUGAACGAAAAAACGGAAAAUUUCCGGAAAUUACAGGAGGAAAUUAAACGUUUAAAAACGAAAAUGGACAACCACAAAUCGAUUUUGUCUCUAAAAGAUCGAAAAUUGUUAUUGCAAAGAGAAUUGGUUUGGUCGAAGGUACGCGACGCCGAGGAGGAUUUAAACGAAAAAAAUCGCGUUUUGGAAAAUUUCGAAACUAAAUUGAAAGAAUUGAAAACGAAUUCGGAAAAACGCGCCGAAAUUUUAACGAAUUUUAAAAAAAAUCGCGAAGCGUUAGAACGUGAAAUGUGCGAGAUAAAACAACAGAUCGAAGUGCAAAAAAGACCUUUAUUAGACGCUCGAUCCCAAAUAAACGAACUCAAAACUAACAUGGCGUCGAAAAAAAAAGAAAAACAACAAAUUUUGACGUCGAUACAAAAUAAAAAUUCCGAAUUGGAUAGUUUGAAGGGGGAGAUUGCUACUUCGAAGGAGAAUAUGUCGAUGGUGGAACAACAGAAAGUGGAGAGGCUGCGAAAUUUGGGGGAGCUGCAGAGGAAAUUAAAAGGUUUGGAUGAUCAUUUGGAGACGUCGAAAAACGAUUUAUUUCAGUUGAGGGGGGAUUUGUCGCGGAGGGAAACCGAAGAGGGGAACCUUAGAGGGGAGAUCGCGCGAUUGGACGAAAGGAUUAACAACGAGAAGAAGAAUUUGGAGGCUUUGAGGGGGGAAUCAGGUAACGAGUUGUUGUUAUAUGGGAGGGAGAUGCCUAAAAUAAAACAAAUGAUUUAUGAGAAUAGGAAACGGUUCGUGCAGGAACCGAAAGGUCCUUUGGGGUCCUAUAUCAAGAUAAAGGAUAAGAAAUGGACAACGGCAGUCGAAGGCUACAUAGGCCCCAAUCUUCUGCGAGCCUUCGCCGUCGACAACAAAAAAGACAAUCAACUCCUGAGGGAAAUCUUCAAUAAAAUCCUAGGUCCAGGUUCCCAUCCCCAAAUCAUAACCUCGAAAUUCAUUCCCGAAAGGCACGACGUCGCCCGAAAUUCGGUCCACGAACCGAACGAUUGCGUCAGCGUCUACAGGGCGAUCGAUAUAACCGAUGCCGUCGUGUCCAAUUGCAUCGUGGACAAUUGCAGUCCAGAAAAUAUCCUGUUGAUACCCUCCGACGGUAUGGCGCGCGAUUUGUUGUCCGACAAAAGGAAAGUACCGAAGAAUUGUCAUCAAGGCAUCACCGUCGGAGGGGAUAAAUAUUAUCCGGAUCCCAAUUAUCGGACGUACGCUUCGUCGUAUCGUAAAGCUCGGUACCUGCAGGUGGAUAUCGAGGAUCGCGCCCGACAGUUGGAGGAGAACGUGGAGAAUUUGGAAAGGAAGAAAAUGACUGUCGUUAAACAGUUGGAGGAUUUCAGGAACGGAAUUAAGGAACAAAUCAACAAAAGGAUCCAAUUGGAGGAAAAAGUGAAGAAAGUAACUCAAGCCAGGGCCCAGAUCAGAAAACAACUGGAGGAAAUCAACGCGACCGCCGAACCGGAAGUACAAAACGUCCAAUAUCUCGAACAAGAAAUGGACGAAUGUAAAAAAUGGUUGAACGCCAAAAACGCCGAACUCGAACGAAUAAACGACGACAUCAAAGAAAUUAAGACGUCGAUUAACGAAAAAGAAGAAGAUUUAUCUCGUUUGAGCGUCGCGACGAGAGAUCUGGAAGAAAGAAUCGAACAAUUGGAUCGAGAAUUACGAGAAAACCGAUUGAAACAACAAGAAGUUUCGACCGGUGAAGAAUUCGAUAAAAAUCGAAUCGGAGAUUACGAAAUGCGAGUUAAGGAAGCCGGAGCCGAAGCGGCUCUAAAACGGAACGCUCUAAAACAAUCGGAAACGGAAGCAAGGUCAGUCGGCGAACGGCUACCCGAUUUACGGCGAGUCCAAACGAUCACCAACGAAAUAAACGAAAUCAAACACAAAAUAACGAAAAUAGAAAACGACAACGAAAAAUUGGAGGAAAUUUUGGAAAAAUACGACGAACUAACGUCGAAAUUCAAAAAAACCGCCGAUAUAAUGAAAAUACUACAAAAGGAUAUCAACGAAUUAUCCUUGGCGGUGGAAAAAAGGAAACGACACUACAAAUUAACGGAAAAAUAUUUCGAAACUUAUAUGAAGUACUCGUUCGAAAAGAUUUUGGAGUAUAGGCAGUUCAAGGGUACUUUGGAGAUCGAUAUCGAGGGGAAGAAAUUGGAUUUGGUGGUGAUACCGCAGCACGGCUCCCAAGGACGGACGACGACGUCGAAUUUGUCCGGGGGGGAGCGUUCCUUUUCGACGGUGGCGUUCCUCUACUCCCUCUGGCAAUGUAUGGAGCUGCCGUUUUAUUUUCUCGACGAAUUCGACGUUUAUAUGGAUAAAUUGAAUCGUUCCAAGGUGAUCGACAUUUUGUUGCAGCACGCCAAAUCGAAGCCCGAAUUGCAGUUCGUGUUUUUGACGCCGCAGGACGUGUCGUGCCUCGGGAGGGAAACGGAACUAGUCGGGGUGGAGGUGUUGAGGUUGGACGAUCCGGAACGCGUGCGUUGAUAUUUUUUGUUUUUAAUGCGGAAAUAAAAUUUUUUGUUUUUCUGUUGUA